AUGUUGAAUGGUAUCUCCCUUGUUGCUUGUGGUUUUGGCCGAGAAUGGGUGCUACGGAAAGAAGAUUUCUUUGAACAAAUCACUUCUUUCGAUUGUAUGUUCAAAAUGCCGUGGCCAAUUUUGAUGUUGCUGGCUGGCAUUUUCCCAGCCUCAGCCAACUUCAUCAUCUCCCUCGAGCGUUUCUUUGCCGUCUAUUUCUGUAAUUCAUAUCGUUCAUGGAAAAAUCAUAAACAAUUUAUGCUUUUUGGAGCUACUGUUUACUCAUUGUUAAUCUUCUCCAUUGCCAUGUCUACAGUUUUUUUCUUCCCAAUUACAAAUCCCGAUAAAAUGUGUGUUGUGACAAAUAGUGUUGGUAUCGUGUACGCGACUUUCCAUUAUACAAUCUGUUCUUUCACUUAUUUUGUCAGCUUUAUUGUAGUGGUUUAUGUUUGGAUAGCGGUGAGGAAGCAUCGAACAAUGGGAAAACAUGAGCAAAGAAUGCAGCACACAUCUGUUGGUAUCACUUUAACGAGUGUCAUCUUCACCGUCAUCCCGAAUUGUGUGGUCUUGAUGGACGCUUGGCAUCAACCAAAAUUGUCCGAGCUCAUUGUUGGAAUCGCCUACUGUUUCUACGGUCUUCAAUCGUGUCUUUGCCUUGUCGUUUUCAUCGCUUUCCGUCCCGAGUUCAACGCUCGACUAAAAGCAUUGAUCUUUUGUGGAAUUCAUCGAACGCAUGCUCAUCACAAUUCGUGGAGUCGAGCCUCAAAUGCUCGUCUUGUUCGACCCAGAGACCAUCAACAACAAAUCGUCGCCAAAGCCGAAGAGAAUUUAAAUCUU